UGCUGAUGCUGCUGCUACUGCCAGUUGGUUCUCCUCUCGUUCGGUGUUGUUCGACGAUCAGCUUGUGCGCCCGCUUGACAAGCCAGAGCUGUCUCAAAGUUCGCGCGGACUGGUGUCAUUGAGGGCUGACCAUCUUGGAGGCGGCUGCGUGUCAAAGAUGAACGUGGACGUUUCUAUGCGGAUUGUCGCGGACCAGAGUCUCCGUAGCAGCACUAUUCUCGGACCCGUAACGCCGAAAAGCUCAGUUUCUGGACAUGCUCUGGACCCUCUGGCAUGCAUCGCUUAUCGCAGCAGGGACGAAUAUCCCGGAGAGGACAAAUCGACAACUCUCAUGCUCUCCACCUGCCUCUCCAGCCGAGAUCAUUCCUGGCUCAUGCACAUGAGAACGGCCCGCUUCGCCGAAGAGCAGAACGUUGAAGUUUCCAUACUCGAGGGCCAGAUUCAAUAUCGAACAACGAAAGAUGUCCUGCCCGGAGAGGAAUUGCGCGUUUGGUUCGGUGCGGAGUUCAGUCAGAUCCUGCGGCUGCCGGCGUUCGCUUCGCUGGUGCUUCCCGACACCGAGAAAAAAUAUCGAUGCGUGUUCUGCAGCGAGAACUUCAAUUACCCCUUUCCCAUGAUCGGACACAUAAUGUACCGCUGCCCGAUACGCGAUACGAGUCAACCCAAAAGCCUCGAGGCAGCAUCUAUGAGUCCCUCAACGCCUCCAUCUCCACGUUUACUCUCGCCACCUUCCAGGAUGAUAUCUCCCGGUCUUUCGGGUUCGACUCCGAAUUCGCCUUCCACAACGCCGCCGAAUCUGAGCCCGGGAUCCUCGUGGACGCCGGCGACGGUUCUCCCAGUGAGUCCGAUGAAACGAAAACGAUUCAAAUCCUUCGAUAUCGCAUCGCUCACAGACGACGGGGGAGGUCCGAUGAACAAUAACAAGGACAAAAGUGAAAAUGGUCCCGAUGCUGUUAUCACCAAUCUCAACCAAGGCUUAAACCUCAUCAGUCCGCUGCAUGGCUCACCUCAGUUUCCCACCUACACCCCUUUGAAUGGCAUCGGCUCCACAAUACAAUCUCCGUCGCUCUCGCCGUACAACUCAUCGGAGCGGUCGCUUACAGGACUCUCGGGCUCAUUCAGUGUCGGGAUACCCAAUUUGACGCGAUCGCCUCCGGCUCCGAAGCCGCGGAAGGCUCCGAAGCGGACGAAGGCAAGUCCAUCUCCGCCGUCCGCACCCUCAGAUCCUGCACAGGCGGCGUUGUUGUCCUGCCUUCCGCCCUCGUUGGCUGCCCUGUCGAUGCCGUCGCAGAAUUGGUGCGCCAAAUGCAAUACCACGUUCCGUAUGACCUCUGAUCUCGUCUAUCAUAUGAGGUCUCAUCAUAAACGCGAAGGGGAUCCGAUGAAACGUAAACGGGAAGAAAAGCUCCGGUGUCUCAUCUGUCACGAGACCUUCCGAGAACGACAUCACCUCACGCGUCACAUGACUAGUCAUCAGUAG